AUGUGUCAAACUACCGAUCUUCAACGAGUGGAAAAUGGUGCCAGUGAAUCUGAUAAUCGACCAACAGUACUGGAUGAUAUAGCACUACCGAAAAAUGGGUUUUAUAUGGAUGAAGCCAUUUCUAAAACUAAGUUCGGUGUAUUUAACUAUGUUACAAUUUUUCUUGGUGGAUUAAUAUUGUUUGCAGUAUUCGUAGAAACAGUUGGCACAUCAUUUAUAUUUUUGGUUUCUCAAUGUGAUUUAAAUUUGACUGCUGGUGAAAAAGGCAUAUUGGGUGCUGUGUCCUUCAUUGGCAUAAUUUGUUCAUCUCAUUUAAUGGGAUAUUUGUCUGAUACUAAAGGACGACGUAAAAUCAUUCUACCCACAUUAUUCACAGCUUUCCUUCUGUCCAUCGCUUCAUCACUCGUUCACAACUUUUACCUUUUGGCUACGUUGCGGUUUCUUAAUGGAUUUUUCAUAUCAGGUGCAUCUGCAACUAUAUACGCGUACUUGGGUGAAUUCCACAAUAGUUUACACAGGAGUCGCGCAAUCAUGGCAUCUUCGGUAAUAUAUGGUAUUUCGUGUCCACUUUUACCUGUAAUCGCCGGACUAGUUAUCAAUCACGAUUGGAAAUUUUACAUUCCACUCAUCGGCAUUACAUACAAGCCGUGGCGACUAUAUUUGGUUGUGUGCGGUUUACCAGGAUUUCUUGCUGCUUUGAUCACGCUAUUUCUGCCAGAGAGUCCGAAAUUCGUGCUCGGUCAAGGUGAUAGUGCGAGUGCUUGGAAAAUCUUACAAAAAAUGAAUCGCUGGAAUAACGGCAGGAAAUCACAACUGGAACAAUUCGAAAUCUACGAAGAAGAAGAAUCCAUUGAAAAUCGACGUCGUAUUUUGAAAGCAAAAGAGAGCCGAUUUCCAUUGUUGAAGUCUAUUUGGAAUCAAACAGCACCACUUUUUAAACCACCGCAUUUGUACUCGACCCUUUUGAUUUGUACCAUUCAAUUUGCAAUUGGUAUUAUAUGUUUCGGAUUUGGCAUGUUCUUUGCAGACAUUUUGAAUAAGAUGGCUACAAAUAGGGAUAGUCUUAAUCAGCGAAUACCCAUGUGUGAUCUCAUUAAUAAGAAACCGCUCAAUAUGAGCGCAUUCAACCAAAACGAAACUAUUUGCAAUGAUGUUUGCAUCACGAAGAUCAAGCUGGAAACAUUGGAGAACGGAAUCAUUUUGGAAAUAUUGUUCGCCAUAGGAUGUGCUAUUAUUAGCUUGAUCAUCAACAAAGUCGGGAAGUUUCCAAUUCUGCUUAUCAUUUCGAUUGUUUGUGGGGGUAGCGGGAUUAUGUGCAUGCUGACCAAUAUUCCAUUCGUACAGACAUACUCAUUCGUUCUGCUUAUGUGCGCUGGGUGGGGCAUGAAUGUGAUUAAUUCAGCUACGGUUGAAAUUUAUCCAACCGCUUUAAGAGCGAUGGCUGUUUGCAUUUCUUUGAUGUUUGGCCGAUUGGGAGGCGUUUUUGGAGCAAACCUAAUGGCUCAUCUUAUAGGAAGUCAUUGUGAAUUGGUUUUCUAUUUGUCUGGAUCAAGUGUGAUAGCUGUGGGCCUAUUCGCAUUUUUCAUUCCGCAUAUCCAUGAAAGAGUCAAGAAAGUGGAUUCAUAACUUUGCAAAUAAUACUUACCAUUAGCAUUGAAAUUAAUUGGAAUGUCAUUUGCGCUUGAGUGGAAUAAAACGCGCCGGCCAUC